AUGAACCAUGUCAUCAUCGUUGCCAACUCUGCAACCCGGCCUAUGGCCUGGAUGGGUCUGCAAUGCCCGUGUGACCCAUGUGGCGCCCAAGACCCAGUGCUGCCUGAGUCGUCAGCGCUGUUCACAGUGGUGACUCUGGGCCAGCUGCUGCGCCACAAUCCUGCCCCCGCAAGACAAGAGGCUGAGGCUAGAGCUGAGGCUGGAGCAUCAGGUGCUGAAGCCCAAGGUCGUCCCCACUCGAUGUUAGAGGUGAGAGGUGAGAGGUGGACGUCAGUCAGCUCAGAGUCGAGCCCCACCAUCCGCCGCCUGCUUCCUAUCCGCAGCAGCACGCUUGACCUCUCCCGAUUCGACUCCCAUUGCGCGGCCAGUGCUCAUUCCCCUCACACCGGCUUCAUACUCUACCAGACCAAUUCCUUGGUCGAGAAGCUCAUCAAAAUGCCGGCCUACAACUCCAUGUUCAAUGCCGAUCCCAACGUCCCCCGAUUAAUAGGCAACUUCCCUCUUCUGCCGUUGCGCACAAAGACCCGCGGCCCUGCAUACACCCUCCCCUUCCCCAAUCCGCCUUUGCCAGCCAACGAGUCCCCCGAUCCCGACAGCGAGAGCUACGACAUCCUCGACGAGGUCCUCGCCCUCUUCCGCGCCAACACCUUCUUCCGCAACUUUGAGCUCCAGGGUCCCGCCGAUCGCCUGCUGGUCUACGGCAUCUGGUUCGUCAGCGACUGCUUGACCAAGAUCAAGCCCAACGCCGGCGUCCGCGAUGCCUCCAAGGAUGUCAUGAACGUCGCCCUUGACACCAACUUUGCCAUUCCUGGCGACCCGGCAUGGCCAUUGAACCAGAUGUACGAGCCUCCCCGUGAUCGACAGGAUGCUGAGCAGCUCCGACAGUACAUGUCCCAGGUCCGUCAGGAGUUAGCGACGCGGUUAUUGGCACGCGUGUACGACGAGGAUGGCGACGGAAAGCCGAGCAAGUGGUGGCUGAGCUUUACCAAGAGAAAGUUCAUGGGCAAGGCGUUGUGA